GAGAUAUAAGGGCACUGGAGCACUUGUGCCAUCGGAACAUUUGAUUCUUCGGAAUUCUAUAAAGAUUACAUUAUAAGAUAAAAGGGCAUUGUAGCAAUUGGUUCGUUAUCAUACGAGUCCGUCUUUGUGUGUGUGUUUAGAGCUGUCUGAUAAUCAUUUGCAGAUUUCGUCCAUCUCCGAGACUCAGGCGAGUCAUCCUCUCUUUCUGUCUGUCGGUCUCACCAUCUUCUUGUCUCCUUUAUUCUCCACCGACAAUCCGACUCUGGGUAAAAUCUUCGUCUCCGACAAAAUAAUAUAACUUUUCUUUGUCUGAUCGCGAUGCAUGCUCUCAAGGACAAGGUCUCGCAGAAGCUUUCGAAUCUCUUCGCCGAUUCCGCUACUUCUCCUCGCUAUUCUCUCACCGAUUCUCCAAAAGCCACGCUAAAUUCAACUUCUGGGAAAACAUUUUCUUCGUAUUUCUCAUUUGGUGUUGGUCAAUCUGGAAAUGAGAACGAGGAGGUGUCUGAAUCAUGUCCUCCCAUACAUGGCCAAGACAAGGACACUAUGUUACGUGUUUCUGCCCAAGUAGAAAGCGAUUACAACGAAGGGGUGAAAGAGAUAGCAGAGUUAACAGAAAGCUCUGCUUUUAUCUCUGCUAACUUGUUUGAGUUCUUGCACGCGUGUCUUCCAAAUAUCGUAAGAGGUUGCAAAUGGAUCUUGUUAUAUAGUACGUUGAAACAUGGUAUAUCACUUCGUACGCUUCUGCGUAGAAGCGCCGACCUUCCUGGUCCUUGUUUAUUGGUUGCUGGAGACAAACAAGGUGCUGUUUUUGGGGCUAUGCUGGAAUGUCCGUUGAGAACUACUCCUAAGAGGAAAUAUCAGGGUACAAACCAAACAUUCAUGUUCACAACUAUCUAUGGUCAACCACGCAUAUUUAGACCUACAGGUGCCAACCGGUAUUAUUAUAUGUGUAUGAAUGAAUUAUUGGCGUUUGGAGGUGGAGGAAGCUUUGCUCUAUGUUUAGACGAAGAUUUGUUGAAAGCAACAAGUGGACCUUCUGAAACAUUUGGGAACGAAUGCUUAGCUAGCAGCACAGAAUUUGAGUUAAAGAAUGUCGAGCUCUGGGGAUUUGCACAUGCGUCUCGAUACCUCACCUCAUGACCUUGAAGAUCCCUUUCUUGGUAUUAACGUCAAAAGAAGCUUAUCCAUCUUUUUAAUUCCUUUUAAGUGUUUCAUAAAAGUUAUGAAUAUGCUUUGUAUCUGUGUUACUGAGAAUACUAGUUCAGCUGUGAUAUUUUUAAUUUCCGAGACUGUAACUUAACAAUUGUGUUAUUGUUUGUUAUGUAAGAAUCAUAUGGUUUCAAGAGUGAUAUUGAUACAACUUUCAGAA